AUGCUGGGCGCCAUGACAGAGGCCUCUGUGGGCACGUAUGAAUCCCACCCGACUGCCGCACGAGAGGAUCUCACAGAGGUGGAGCAAAAGGAGCUCAAAUCUGAGCUCGCUAAAUUGGAGGCAGAAACAGCAACCCUACGCCAUGCUCUGGCAGCCAAAGAGAGACGCUGCGUGGAGCUUAAGAGGAAGCUGGGCCUUACGGCCUUGGUGGGGCUGAGGCAGAAUCUGUCCAAGAGCUGGCACGAUGUUCAGGUCUCCAACGCCUACAUGAAACAAAAGACGUCAGCUGCCCUGUCUACCAUGGGCUUUACCAUCUGCAGGAAGCUGGGAGACAUGAAGAAAUCGGCCACAUUCAGAUCCUUUGAAGGGUAG